AUGCUUAUUUCAUGUAGCUAGACUUGCAUUAAUAGGGAUUAGAAAUAGUUGUUAAUCUGAUGAUUAGAAUAUUAUUGCACUAUACAGUGUGCACGCAUUUAUACUAAUGAAUAACUUUCUGAACAGAUCACAGGCUGGACUCAUGCUCUCCCUGAUACUGUUAUUUCGCACCUUUUUGGAAGCGUAAGAAAUGAACAACGACUAAAACACACAUACACAUACGCACACUUAUUACUUUUAUUUUGGAGGUUUGAAUGUCUGAUCGAAAAGUUCACUUAUAUUGCAGGAGGAGAUUCAGAACAACACCGAUCAGAUUGCAACCUUCCGUCACCAUAUUACAAACAUGAACCAGUCCAACCUUCAGAAAUUUGUCAAGUCUUACAAAAGAUGCCCGGUGUUGCUGAUAGUGGGGGAUAAUUCCCCUGCUGUGGAUGCUGUGGUUGACAGCAACUCCAGAAUGAAUCCAACAACAACCACCUUUCACAAAAUUGCUGACUGUGGAGGUCUUCCACAUGUUGAUCAGCCUGGCAAACUUAUUGAAGCUUUCAAAUAUUUCAUCCAGGGCAUGGGCUACAUGCCAUCUGCUGGUCUGACACGUCUGGUUCGUUCUCGUACUGGAAGUAGCUCAUCUAUUGACCGUAGUCGCAACCGAUGUGGCACAAACACGUCACAGGGUCAGCGUGGACGUUCACACACGGAUGUCUCCAUGUACAGUACCCUUUAACAGCAUAGAACACAACCCUUCAGGACCCAAACUUUCUGUUAAAUGACUCUACAUAAGCAAAUAUCACAAUUUAACUUAAAAAUUUAAUUGUAGCUUCUGAUAGGCAGGUAAAGUAGAUACAAUUCAGUUACAAUAUCUGCUCAAAUGUUUCAACCUUUUAUUUCUUAUAAUGUACAAUACUUUGGAAUAAUUCUGAAAUAAUAUACAAAUACGCAGACAUUUCUGUUUAAAGAAGUCAUGUGUACAGCUUGGUUGUGUAAAUGAAUAUGUACAGAUAUAUUACAAUGGUAAAAUAAGCAAGAAAUUGUGUCGAAUGUUUUCCGUGUAUCAAACUUAACAUAUAAGCAUUGCAUAUAAUUUUUAUAUGUUGUUAACAGUUAUGUUCUAUGUUCAGUAUUACUAUUAAGGAUGUACAGAGGUUAUUUAUUGAUAUAUAUACAUUUGAUGUAAUAUCGGUGUGGUUAAUGUUGGCCCCUCUGACCUUAUAUUGGUAAGCAAGACAACUGCAAAUUCUUUCUGAAUGUGUCUAAAAACUGUAUUAAAAAAAAAUAAGUAAAUUUGGUGACUAACUCAA